UCAAUCCCGAAGGGGGGGGGGGGGAGCCUAUGCGUUUCUCCGAAUAAUUUGACAUCCUGUCAAGGUGUUGUUACUUAUUCUAUCUGCAAAAAAACAGCGAGGCAAGCAUGAUGAUCACACAUUGUCAUCUCAACACCACCAGAUCCUGCUCCAUUUAAAACGGGGGAUUACGCACCAGAAAAGAAUCAUCCUUUUGUCCUGGAUUCAAGGAAUUGAUCCUCUUCGAUAUACAUGGCAAAACCCAAGUUAUUUGCUUUUUGGGCUCAGAUUUUUCCGAUAAUAGUCACCAUUCUUUGCCUCCAGGGGAAUACUGGGUUCGCUUUGGGGACGUCGUCAUCAGACCCGUUUGUCCAGCAACAACGAGACAAGGUUGAUAGGCUUCCGGGUCAAACGUUUAAUGUCGACUUCGCACAUUACGCUGGGUAUGUCACAGUCAACCAGGAAGCUGGGAGGGCUUUGUUUUACUGGUUCUUUGAAGCUGCCUCGGACCCUGAAACGAAGCCUCUUGUUCUGUGGCUCAACGGAGGACCUGGAUGUUCAUCCAUUGCUUACGGCGAGGCAGAGGAAAUUGGUCCCUUUCACAUUCAGCCAGAUGGCAAGACCCUCUAUCUCAAUCCUUACUCUUGGAAUCAAGUUGCCAACAUUCUUUUUGUUGAUUCUCCUGUUGGAGUUGGAUUUUCGUAUUCAAACACUUCAUCUGACAUACUUAAUAAUGGCGAUAGGAGGACUGCCGAGGACUCUUUGGAAUUCCUAUUGAAUUGGUUCGACCGUUUUCCUCAGUACAAAGGAAGAGAUUUCUUUGUGUCUGGUGAGAGUUAUGCAGGGCAUUAUGUUCCUCAACUUAGCCAAGUUAUUGUGAAGUACAACAAGAAUGCCAAGGAAAAAGCUAUCAAACUGAAAGGCUACAUGGUAGGAAACGCUCUAACUGAUGAUUACAACGAUCACAAGGGAAUUGCCCAGUUUUUGUGGUCGUCUGGUUUGAUUUCUGAUCAAACAUAUCAGCAAAUGAAUCUUCAAUGUGAUCUUGAGUCUUUCCUAAAUCCUUCAGAUUCAUGUGUAAAAAUUUUAGAGAAUGCUGACAAAGAAGUUGGUAACGUUGAUCAGUAUAGUAUCUUCACUCCUACAUGCCCUGCUAAUGUUAGCCAGACAAACCAGCUGGUGAAAAGAAAGCAUAAAGUUGGCAGGCUCAGAGCGGUAUACGAUCCUUGCACUGAGAAGCACUCCACUAUAUACUUCAAUCUACCUGAGGUCCAGAAAGCUCUUCAUGUUGAUCCAGCUUACAAGCCUGCUAAAUGGGAGACCUGCAGUGACGAUGUAAAUAUGAACUGGAAGGAUUCUCCAUUGACAGUGCUUGAUGUCUACCGUGAACUUAUUCAGACAGGACUGAGGAUAUGGAUGUUCAGUGGUGAUACAGAUGCUGUGAUCCCAGUGACAUCCACUCGCUACAGCAUUGAUGCUCUGAAGCUUAAAACUGUGAGUCCUUGGCGUCCUUGGUACGACGAUGGUCAGGUGGGAGGAUGGACACAGGAAUAUGAAGGUCUGACUUUUGUAGCAGUAAGAGGAGCAGGGCAUGAGGUUCCUCUGCACAGACCAAAAUAUGCUCUUGCUCUCAUCAAAGCCUUCCUUGCUGGAACUUCCAUGCCUUCCCUUGACCUUCACCUUCUCAGUGCCUCUUGAAAAUGCACGUUUUCAUUUUUGUUUCACUUCAGACUCUUCAAUAAAUUCUUUGUUUUUUUUUUUUUUUACUGAACCGGUCUUGCUUCUAAUUUCAUUGUUCAUUCAUCGUGUGUCCACUCUUUGCUGUAUGAGAACUAGCACAACUUACACAAGAUCACUGUUUUUGUACGGGCUACUUCCAUUGCUUGUCACUUACUUUAGGGAUAAUUUAGUCAUAACAAUAAUUUGUAAAAUGCCAAAAAUGAUUAAGGUACUUAAAUUCAAUUUCAAGAUUCUAUGGUA